AUGCCCUUUUCCGAUCUCGGCCUCUCUCCACAGACCCUUCAAGGUCUUUCAGACAUGGGAUUCUCGACAAUGACAUCCGUGCAACAAAAAUCUAUCCCUGUACUGCUCGCUGGAAAAGAUCUUUUGGGAGCCGCACGAACGGGGUCUGGGAAGACACUCGCUUUUCUUAUACCCGCUGUGGAAUUGCUGCAUCGGUUGAAAUUCAAACCCAUGAAUGGCACUGGCAUUAUCAUUAUUACCCCCACUCGCGAGCUGGCGUUGCAGAUCUUUGGUGUAGCCAAAGAUUUAAUGGCGCAUCACUCUCAGACUUUUGGAAUUGUUAUUGGUGGGACGAGUGUACGUGCAGAGAGGGAAAGGCUUAUCAAGGGUGUAAACCUCCUCGUCGCGACGCCAGGGCGUCUUUUAGAUCAUCUAAGGGAAGCCAAGGGGUUUGUAUUUCGGAAUCUAAAAGGUCUCGUUAUUGACGAGGCUGACCGGAUAUUAGAAGUUGGAUUUGAGGAGGAAAUGAAGAGCAUUAUCUCAAUCCUACCAAAAGAGGACAGACAAACGAUGUUGUUCUCGGCAACACAGACCACAAAAGUCACUGAUCUUGCACGAAUAUCACUCCGACCCGGACCAAUACACAUUGACGUCGAUAAAGAGGAGGCUACGAGCACCGUGUCAACAUUAUCACAGGGUUACGUGGUCUGUCCCUCCGACCGACGGUUCCUCCUUCUUUACACUUUCCUCAAGAAAAAUUUGAAAAAGAAAGUGAUCGUUUUCUUCUCGAGUUGUAACUCUGUGAAAUACCACGCGGAAUUAAUGAACUAUAUCGACGUCCCCGUCCUUGAUCUUCAUGGAAAACAAAAGCAACAAAAACGGACCAACACCUUUUUCGAAUUUAUCAAUGCAGAAACUGGAAUCCUUUUUUCUACUAAUGUCGCAGCCCGUGGUCUCGACAUUCCUCGUGUGGAUUGGAUAGUACAAUUUGACCCUCCUGAUGACCCACGCGACUAUAUCCAUCGAGUUGGGCGGACAGCUCGUGCAGGGAAAGUGGGCAAGAGUCUAUUAUUUCUUCUGGAAAGCGAGCUUGGGUUCCUGCGAUAUCUCAAGGAAGCCAAGGUGCCGUUGAAUGAGUUCAGCUUCCCUGCUGACCGGAUCGCAAAUGUGCAGUCUCAACUGGAAAAACUGCUACAAAAGAAUUAUUUCCUUCACCAGUCGGCGAAGGAUGGAUUCCGUUCGUAUCUACAGGCAUACGCAUCAUAUUCAUUAAAAAAGAUAUUCGACGUCAAUGCACUGGACUUGACAAAAGUGGGCAAGGCUUUUGGAUUCUCGGUGCCACCCAGGGUGAAUCUGAACAUUGCACCUGGGAACGGAAGUUCGCGGACUGGGGAUAAACGGAGACGAGAGGGUGAGAACAGUGAUGAAGAGGAGGAAGAGGUGCAAGGACGAGGAGACAAGAAGGGAAAGGCCAGAAGGAUGGAGACUAAGGGAGAGAAGGAGGUGGGGAAGGAGGUGUAUAAGAAAGGGCAAGAGCGGAAGAAACGGGAAACAGGAGGUAACUGGAGUAGAUAG